AUGAACCCUGAUCAUAUUGCUUUCCUCUUUUCUAAUCUUGUUAUAUUUCUGAUUUUUGCCACCAAUUCUGUUUUUGGUGGUGGUAACGAGACCGAUUAUCAGGCGUUGUUGAAGUUCAAGUCUAUGAUCAGGAAUGAAGAAGCUCUAAGCUCAUGGAACUCUUCCUUUCAUUUCUGUGAUUGGAGUGGUGUUUCAUGUGGGAAGCAGAAUAAAAAAGUCACUGCUCUAUGGUUGGAGUCGCAAGGGCUAGAAGGCUCGUUGUCUCCUUAUAUAGGGAACCUCAGCUUCCUUCGUUUGUUUUCUCUAAAAAACAAUAGUUUUCAAGGAUCGAUCCCUCAUGAACUGGGUCGUCUAUCAAGGCUACGAGGCCUUGAUCUUGGCUUUAACAAAUUCGAUGGAUUCAUUCCAAGUAACUUGUCCCGUUGUUCUAACAUUGAAAAGCUCGCACUUCAUGAUAACAAGCUAGUUGGAAGCAUACCCAAAGAGAUCAGUUUUCUCUCCAAACUAGCUUUUAUUAGCCUUCAUCAUAAUAAUUUAACAGGUGGAAUCCCAUCUGACUUGGGGAAUAUAACAUCAAUGAUCACCUUCUCUGCAGCCGACAAUCCAUUUGGUGGGCGCAUUCCAGGGUCCUUAGGAAAUUGGAAAAACUUAAUACAAUUCUUCUGUGGUGGUUGUAACUUGUAUGGAACAAUCCCUCAUUCCAUUUAUAACCUCUCACUCUUAACUAAUUUUUCUUUGUCUGCUAAUCAGCUUACUGGUAGUCUUCCCUCAGCCAUGGGUGAAAUGCUCCCUCACCUUGAGUUCCUUCAGUUACGAAAUAACCAACUGAAUGGACCUCUUCCACCCUCGAUAUCAAACUGUUCGAAAUUAGGAAUUCUUGAAUUGGUGGACAACAAUUUUAUAGGGAAGUUGACAAUUGACUUUGCAAAACUAAGAGAUAUUUAUAAGUUACUCUUGGGUAAUAACAUCUAUGGAUUCGGAGAAGCUGAUGAUAUGAAGUUCAUUGAUACUUUAAAAAACUGCAGCAGAUUAGAGAUUUUGGAUCUUUCUAGCUGCGAGUUUCAAGGAGUGUUGCCGACAUCAAUUGGUAAUCUUUCCGAUCAACUCGCUUACUUAAAUUUAGGAGGAAAUCGUUUAUAUGGAAACCUUCCUUCGGGUAUAGCUAAUCUAGUUGGCUUAACCACAUUAUAUGUAGAUGAGAACAGUUUAACAGGAAAAAUCCCUUCCACCAUUGGUAAGCUUCAAAGGCUACAAAAUGCUGAUCUAUCUAAGAACCAAUUUUCAGGGCCAAUUCCAGAUGACAUCGGGAACUUAUCAUUGUUAACUAACCUUUGGUUACACUCCAACAGAUUGGAAUAUAUUCCAUCAAGUAUGGGAAAUUGUCGUAAUCUAUUGGAGUUGCACCUUGAUGACAAUCAACUCAGCGGGAGAAUACCUAAACAACUUGUUCAACUUUCAUCUUUGACCAUUAUGUUAAAUCUUUCUCAAAACAAUUUGUUUGGGUCACUUCCCGCAGAGGUUGGCGACCUCAAUAUGUUGACUUCUCUAGAUUUGUCUAAUAAUACUUUAUCAGGUAACAUUCCUAGUAGCAUUGGUGAUUGCACUAGCCUUGUAUUCUUAUCCCUCAAAGGUAACUUAUUUCAAGGCGAAAUACCAUCGUCAGUUAGUUCCAUGAGAGGAGUUUCGACACUCGAUCUUUCACAUAAUAAUUUAUCAGGCCAAAUUCCUGAAUUCUCGGAACGAUUCUCAUUUGAAUAUGUAAACCUAUCCUUUAACAAUUUUGAGGGUAAAGUACCUGUGAUAGGAGUGUUUGCAAAUGGAAGUUCAUUCUCUGUUUUGGGGAAUAGUAGGCUUUGCGGUGGCUUGGCUGAACUUGGGUUGCCCAAAUGCAAGGCGAAGGGGAAACAUAAAAAAAGGCUUCCUUUGUUUGUAAUAGUCAUUCUUACCGCAUCCAUCAUUUUCACUGUAUUGUGUUUAGUGUAUGCUUUGUGUAAGAAAAGGAAGGGCCAAGCGUAUCCAGCAUCAAGGGAUGAACAAUUCUUGAAAGUAUCAUACAGUCAACUUCUCAAGGCCACCAAUGGAUUCUCCAAAGACAAUUUGAUUGGUGAGGGUGGGUUCAGCUCUGUUUACAAAGGAGUCCUUGAUGAUGAUACAAUUGUUGCAGUCAAAGUUCUACAUCUUCAAAACCGAGGUGCCCACAGAAGCUUUAUAGCAGAGUGUGAAGUGUGGCGGAGUAUUCGACACCGGAAUCUAGUUAAAAUAAUAACUUCAUGUUCAAGUGUAGACUACCAAGGCAAUGACUUCAAAGCUUUGGUAUACGAGUUCAUGUCCAACGGGAGUUUACACGAUUGGUUGCAUUCAAGUGCAUCUACAUCCAUGCUAAACCUUCUUCAAAGAAUUAAAAUCCUCCUUGAUGCCGCAUCUGCACUUGAUUAUCUUCACAAUCAAUGCCUGCCAACCAUCAUUCACUGUGACCUGAAGCCUAGCAACAUUCUGUUGGAUGAUGAUAUGGUGGCCCAUGUUGGAGACUUUGGUUUAGCUCGAUUUCUUGGAACAAAUUCAAACCAAAACAGCACAAGUGGCAUUAGAGGAACGAUUGGAUACGCACCUCCAGAGUAUGGUGUCGGGAGUGAGAUGACAAGUAGUGGGGAUGUCUACAGUUUUGGAAUACUAUUGUUGGAGGUGAUAACUGGGAAGAGGCCUACAGACGACAUCUUUAGCAAAGGCCUUAGCCUUCAUAAGUUUGCACACAUGGGCAUGCCAGACCAUGUAAACGAUGUUAUUGAUGAUGAACUUCUGAAUUUUCUUCAAGAGGAUGCUAUUGCUACACAAUCUACGUUAGCAUAUUCAAAGAAAGUAGAGAAAUGUAUGGCUUUAACUGUCAAGAUCGGAGUAUCAUGCUCCAUGGAUUCCCCACCACAACGGAUGCACAUCAAAAAUGUUGUUCAUGAAUUGCAGCAUAUUUUGGAAAUGCUUCAAAAUAUCUGA